AUGCCGCCUAAAUCAGCUCAGGUUCCCGUGACGCUUCUUAAGUUCAAGCGAUCACGCUCGACGUAUUGCAUUCCUUUGGUGCUCACCAAGAAGACUCUUAAUCAAGAGCACCUCAUCACUGCCUUGACACAUGCUAUCAACUCAACCGGGGGCCUACGCGUGGUGGAUAACAUGAAUAGCGAGGAGGAUGGAAUGCCUCUCCCGGAUGAGGAGGGGGUCGAAAUUGCAGCCGAGGAAAUUCUGCUUGCAUUGCCAAAAGACAGAGGUGAUCCACACAGCAAUCAGUGGUUUCCAAUUGCAGAUGACAAAGACUUGGAAAAUCUUGUUUUCAACGAUUACGAUAUCAUCGCAUUCAAGUCUAGAGAUGAUCUGGACUUCUAUAUCGAACGAUCAGAGUACGGUGAUCAAGAGGAAUAA